CAGAAACCAAAUGACGGAGUUGGGUUGGAUCAUCGUGGCCCUCGUGCUGUUCAUCAGCUGUGCCGCCGGGCGAACGGAAGCGCAUUACGGGUGGACAACGGUAAGUCCCAGGGACACGUUCCUCAGCGACACUCUCCGCUCUCCGCUCUCCGCUGCUCCUCUUUCCCUCCGCAGCUGGACUGGCUGAAGGCGCACAAUGCCAGUCAUGAGCUGCACAAUGUGACCACCGCGGACGGCUAUCAGCUGCAGCUGCAGCGACUCCCACAGCCCGGGGCACGCGCUGUGCUGCUGGUCCAUGGACUGCUGGGAUCAUCGCUGGGCUGGGUCUGCCUGGGGCCAGCCAGGAGUUUGGCUUUUCAGCUGCACCAACUGCAGUACGACGUGUGGCUGGCGAAUCUGCGCGGCGCGUACCCGUACGGGCGCCAGCACACCGAGCUGACCGAUGUCAUGGAUGAGUUUUGGAGCUUCAGCUUCCACGAGCAUGGCGCCUACGACCUGCCCGCCAUAAUUGACCACAUGGCGGAGGUCACAGGCAGCGAGCAGCAGUCCGGGGAGGCGGCUAAAGAGGAGCCCGCGCGACAAGUGCUGCUAAUUGGACACUCGCAGGCCUUCAAUGCUUUUCUGGUGCUCUGCUCGCUGCAUCCGCGAUUCAAUCAACGCAUUCAGCUGAUGCAGGCGCUGGCUCCGCUCUCCCGACUGCAUCGACAGGUGCGCUUCGACGCGGCCCAGGUGCGCAGCCUCAUGAAGUUCGUCAAGAAACGCCAAAAGUCAAGCAAGUUUGAGCUUUUUCCACCGGGAUAUUUGCGUAAGUUAUGCCAGAGAAAACAUGAACAGUGCGAAUAUUAUGCCAAACAGUACGCAGGCAGCGCAAAAAGCAACAAAAGGCUACUCGAAGCCUUCAACUAUGAGUACCUGCUGCAGGGUGGCUCCGCGCGGGAGAUCAAACAUUUGCAGCAAAUCUGGAAAUCGGGCGACUUUAUCGCCUACGACUAUGGACCCAUGCAGAACAUGAAGAUCUACAACGGAGUUGAGGCACUGCGUUACAAUCUCAGCCAGAUCAGUGUGCCGACAAUCCUGUACUUUGGCGAAACGGAUGCAAUUGCCACGCCGGAGGGCGUGCACGCGAUCUACGCACGAAUGCUGAACUCUGUGAGGAGCGUCAAAAGAAUCGAGUCACCGAAAUUCAAUCACUUUGACUUCCUUAUCGCGGGCGAGGUCAAGACUCUGGUCAACGACAAGUUGAUCGAGCUAAUGGAAAAGUUUCUCGAGGGUAAAUUAUCGUACAUAAUUGAAUAACGGCACUGGACGAGCGCCUUUGAUGGCAGCAAAAUAAUUGUCCAGCGCAAAUGAUUUAUUUGUCUUGGCAACCAGCCCCAAAUGGCAAUUAUGUAAUGCCAUAAAAAGCUAAAUAAAAGCCAAAAACCCAA